AUGGUUGACCGACGGCCGGACUCUGACGACGGCUCGCGUGCAAAACGCCAGAAGAUGGACAAGGCUGAGACCGAUCCGCGGGCUAAUCCUUACCUUGCCCACCUGUAUCCCGAGCAGCAGAAUGGCGUCCCCGACAAGGGCCCGUUUGCCAAAUUCACCAGGCAUCAGACGACGGCAGCCAUGGCCAGAAAGGUCGAGGAGGGCGAUGUCAAUCCAUUCACCGGCAAGCCGUUCUCGAGCAACUACUACUCCAUUCUGAAGAGCCGUCGCGACCUUCCUGUUCACGCCCAAAGAGAUGAGUUUCUGCAACUUUAUCAGAAGUCUCAGAUUCUCGUCUUUGUCGGUGAGACCGGUUCGGGAAAGACGACCCAGAUCCCUCAGUUCGUUCUGUAUGACGACCUUCCCCAGACCCAGCGCAAACUCGUUGCGUGUACGCAACCUCGACGAGUCGCUGCCAUGUCGGUCGCGCAGCGUGUAGCGGACGAGAUGGACGUAAAACUAGGGGAAGAAGUGGGUUACAGCAUCCGUUUCGAGGAUAUGACCAGCUCGAAGACAAUUCUCAAGUACAUGACGGACGGAAUGCUGCUGCGAGAAGCGAUGAAUGACCAUGACCUCAAACGAUACAGCACUAUCAUCCUCGAUGAAGCGCACGAAAGAACGAUGGCUACAGAUGUCCUGAUGGGUCUUCUCAAGGAGAUUGUCAAGCGCCGACCGGAUCUGAAGAUCAUCAUCAUGUCUGCCACCUUGGAUGCCCAGAAGUUCCAGCGCUACUUCAACGACGCCCCGUUGCUGGCAGUUCCCGGAAGAACUCAUCCCGUCGAGAUCUUCUACACGCCCGAGCCGGAACAGGACUAUGUGGAAGCCGCGAUUCGGACGGUGCUGCAGAUCCAUGCGACGGAACCCGAAGGGGAUAUUCUGCUGUUCUUGACCGGUGAAGAGGAAAUCGAAGAUGCCGCGCGGAAGAUAUCUCUCGAGGCAGAUGAAAUGGUGAGAGAGGCCGACGCUGGACCUCUGAAGGUCUACCCAUUGUAUGGCAGUCUUCCCCCGCACAUGCAACAGCGCAUCUUUGAACCGCCUCCACAACCGCGCAAACCGGGAGGUCGACCUGGCAGGAAAUGCAUCGUUUCCACCAACAUCGCCGAGACCUCUCUCACCAUCGACGGUAUCGUCUAUGUGGUGGACCCUGGAUUCUCAAAACAGAAGGUUUACAACCCUCGCAUCCGAGUCGAAUCCCUGCUGGUCUCUCCGAUCUCAAAGGCAUCGGCCCAGCAAAGAGCAGGUCGUGCUGGUCGUACACGCCCUGGGAAAUGCUUCCGCCUCUACACUGAGGCCGCGUUCAAAAAGGAGCUCAUUGACCAGACUUAUCCCGAGAUUCUUAGAUCCAAUCUGUCGUCGACGGUAUUGGAACUAAAGAAACUGGGUAUUGACGACCUGGUUCACUUCGAUUUGAUGGAUCCUCCCGCGCCGGAGACCCUCAUGAGGGCUCUAGAGGAGCUCAAUUAUCUGGCCUGUCUAGAUGACGAUGGCAACUUAACUGCACUGGGCCGUCUGGCAUCCGAAUUUCCUCUUGAUCCCGCCCUGGCGGUGAUGCUGAUCAGCUCGCCUGAGUUCUAUUGCUCGAACGAGAUCCUGUCGAUCACAGCCCUGCUGUCGGUCCCGCAGAUCUUUGUUCGCCCUCAUUCUCAGCGGAAACGAGCGGAUGAGAUGAAGAAUCUCUUUGCUCACCCGGAUGGGGACCAUUUGACCCUUUUGAAUGUCUACCAUGCAUUCAAGAGCCCCGAAGCACAGGCUAACCCGAAACAAUGGUGUCACGACCAUUUCCUCUCCCUCCGCUCUCUUCAAGCUGCAGAUAAUGUGCGUCAGCAGCUGCUACGGAUCAUGGAACGGGAGGAAAUCGAGCUUGUUUCGACGCCUUUUGAGGAUAAGAAAUACUACGAAAACAUCCGGCGCGCGCUGGUGGCUGGAUUUUUCAUGCAGGUUGCCAAGAAGGACAGUCAAGGGAAGAACAUGUACACUACCGUCAAGGACAACCAGCAUGUCCUUCUGCACCCUAGCACCGUACUGGGGUACGAUGCGGAGUGGGUGCUCUACAACGAAUUCGUCCUGACCACGAAGAAUUAUAUCCGGACUGUCACGUCUGUCAAACCAGAGUGGCUCUUGGAAAUCGCCCCGAACUAUUACGACAUUUCGACCUUCCCGAAAGGCGAAGUUCGCUCCGCCCUACUCCGUACAGCCGAGAGACUGGCUCGUAAGGAGAAGAUGCGUGCUGACCCAGGCAAAAGACGAUAG